AUGCCGUUGCCGAAAGUAUCCAUUUACUACUGUGCCCGUUGCAAGUGGCAGAAUCGGGCCGUGUGGUACAUGCAAGAAGUGUUGCAGACGUUCAGCGAUCCAGAAAAGAAUUUGGUGCCUGAAGUGGCCCUUUGUCCCAGUUUCGAGAAUCCGGGGCUCUUCCAGAUCACAGUGACUACUGAACAGGGAGAACAGAUCGUGUACAAGCGCAGAAUGAAGAAAGUGGCCGUGGAGGAGCAGAGUGAAGCGUACUACUACGAUGGGUUCCCAGAUUCGAAGCUCGUGAAAAAUUUGAUCAGGGACGCUCUUUUCCCGGAAUCUGGAUUGGGCCACGCUGAGAACAAACAGAGGGAGGAUCCGGGACUUGUGCUUUGUGAAAAAUGUAACGAUAACAAAUGA